ACUUAGAGAAUUCUCUAAUGGAAGAGAAGAAGCCCUAUGCUGUGAUCCUUAUAAUCCAGUUGAUUUACACUGGCUUGUUUGUGAUCUCAAAAGCUGCAUUGAAUGAAGGUUUAAGCACAUUUACUUUCAUUUUCUAUCGUCAGUUGACCGCAGCAGUCUUGCUUGUUCCACUGGCUAUUAUUUCUGAAAGGAAAAGGACCUAUACGAUGCCAUUUUGGCUUUCAGUCAAGAUUUUUAUUCAUGCCUUGAUCGGGAUAACUUUCAGCUUGAACAUUUACAAUGUUGGCCUGAAGUAUACUUCUGCAACAGUCGCUUCAGCUGUGUCAAAUUCUGUUCCUGUCAUCACCUUCUUUCUAGCACUGUUAAUGAGGAUGGAAAGUUUGAGACUUAGGAAGCUGUCAGGGAUAUCGAAGAUCAUUGGGGUGACCAUAUGCUUGUGUGGAAUUAUAACCAUUGCCUUAUACACUGGACCUCACCUGAAUCCAUUGAUCAAGUUCCAGCCCUUUGGCCCCAGAAAUAAUCUAAGCUAUAGCUCUCUUCACUCUAAGGAAAACUGGAUAAAAGGAACUUUUCUCUUAAUUACAGCCAACUCAGCUUGGGCUCUUUGGAUGGUCCUUCAGGGACGGUUAUUGAAGGAGUACCCUUCAAAGCUUCUCUUCACAGCAAUCGAAAGUGUUUUCAGUGCAAUACAGUCAUUUCUUGUAGCAGUAGCAUUUGAGAGAGAUAUCUCAAAGUGGAAGCUGAGGUUGGACGUGGGAUUGAUUGCCAUUGCUUACUCAGGAUUUGUAGUUACAGGAGUCUCUUUUUACAUGCAAUCAUGGUGCAUUGAGAAGAAAGGUCCAGUUUUUCUUGCUAUGACAACUCCAUUGUCUCUAGUUUUCACCAUAAUUUGCUCAUCACUCUUCUUAGGAGAGGUGAUUUCAUUGGGAAGUAUAUUUGGAGGAAUAUUGAUGGUUGGAGGACUCUAUAGUGUCUUAUGGGGAAAGAGCAGAGAAGAAAUUGAAUGCAGCAAGUCUAUAGAAGAAAGCACGAGAGAUUGCGCUGUGGAUAAGGACUUGGAAUCAGCAAAUGAUCAAUCGAACUCUGCUGUUAUGUAAUUUUGUCUUUAGUUUGUCCUUUUUUAUAAUCUUAAAAAGGUAGUUUUUAACAUUUGGAAAAAUAUGAUUGUAGUAUAAAGAAUAUAGAAAUAUUGAGGGAAUUAAUUCCCUCACUUCUGUUUUGCAUUGAAUGAAAUGAUAUAUUUUAUACA